ACUGCAGACAUAGUACAGGAGACGGUCGGAGACUGCAGACAUAGUACAGGAGACGGUCGGAGACUGCAGACAUAGUACAGGAGACAGUCGGAGACUGCAGACAUGAUACAGGAGACAGUCGGAGACUGCAGACAUGAUACAGGAGACAGUCGGAGACUGCAGACACAGUACAGGAGACGGUCGGAGACUGCAGACAUAGUACAGGAGACGGUCGGAGACUGCAGACACAGUACAGGAGAUGACCAGAGACUGCGGACACAGUACAGGAGAUGACCAGAGACUGCGGACACAGUACAG